UCCGUCCUCAUUGACCGUGGACUAGUUACUCGUCCCCCCAUAUCUCAGCUACAAAAACCCUAAACCCUCUAGCUCCACCACCGGACCACCGCCAUCUUCUCCUCCUCCAAAAUGUUAUCUCUAUCGCUUACCGUCCCCUCCACCUUCACCAUCUCACCAUCCCACACCCUCUCUCACCGUCCUUUCCUCAUACGCGCCCGCACCCAAGAGAUCGAAGCCCCUCUGCCGCCGUCGACUUCAGAUUCCAUUCCAAAGCUAAACCGCUACAGUUCCCGCAUAACGGAGCCUAAAUCCCAGGGCGGAUCUCAGGCCGUGCUAUAUGGCGUCGGGCUCUCCGACGACGACAUGAAGAAGCCGCAGGUGGGGAUCUCGUCGGUUUGGUACGAGGGAAACACGUGCAACAUGCAUCUAAUGCAGCUUGCAGCGGCGGUCAAGGAUGGUGUGAGAGAUGUGGGGAUGGUGCCGUUUCGGUUCAAUACUAUUGGUGUUAGCGAUGCUAUUUCAAUGGGAACAAGGGGGAUGUGCUAUAGCUUGCAGUCGAGGGAUCUGAUUGCGGAUAGCAUUGAGAGUGUCAUGGCGGCGCAGUGGUAUGACGCCAAUAUCUCGAUUCCGGGGUGUGAUAAAAAUAUGCCCGGUACAAUUAUGGCAAUGGGGCGGCUCAAUCGGCCUAGUAUCAUGAUAUAUGGUGGAACAAUAAAGCCUGGUCAAUAUGAGGGAAAAACAUUUGAUAUAGUAUCUGCAUUUCAGUGCUAUGGAGAAUAUGUUAGUGGCUUAAUCACUGAUGACUAUAGAAGAACUGUUUUGCGUAAUUCUUGCCCUGGAGCAGGGGCAUGUGGUGGCAUGUACACUGCAAACACCAUGGCUUCUGCAAUUGAAACAAUGGGCAUGACACUCCCCUACAGCUCAUCAACGCCUGCUGAAGACCCAUUGAAGUUAGAUGAAUGUCGUCUAGCUGGGAAGUAUAUGUUGGAUUUGUUAAAGAUGGACUUAAAGCCUCGAGACAUCAUAACAGAGAAAUCACUACGUAAUGCAAUGGUUGUAGUCAUGGCUCUUGGUGGAUCUACUAAUGCUGUGUUACAUCUGAUUGCUAUUGCUAGGUCUGUAGGUUUGUAUUUGAGUCUUGAUGAUUUCCAGAAGGUCAGUGAUGCAGUCCCUUUGCUUGCUGAUCUCAAGCCCAGUGGUAAAUAUGUGAUGGAAGAUUUGCACAAGAUUGGGGGAACACCUGCAGUGAUUCGAUACCUCUUGGAAGAAGGAUUUUUGGAAGGAGAUUGUAUUACUGUCACGGGGAAAACUCUUGAAGAAAACAUGAAACUUGUUCCUUCUUUAGCUGAAGGACAGCACGUAAUACAUCCGAUUGGGAACCCCAUCAAAGCAACCGGGCAUAUUCAAAUAUUGUAUGGGAAUCUUGCCCCAGAAGGUUCUGUUGCUAAAAUUACAGGCAAAGAAGGAUUGUAUUUCUCUGGGCCUGCCCUUGUUUUUGAAGGCGAGGAAUCCAUGAUUGCAGCUAUUUCAGAUAAUCCUAUGAAUUUUAAGGGCAAAGUAGUAGUUAUAAGAGGAGAAGGGCCCAAGGGUGGCCCUGGAAUGCCUGAAAUGUUAACACCUACAAGUGCAAUAAUGGGGGCUGGUCUUGGGAAGGAGUGCGCGUUGCUGACUGAUGGCAGAUUUUCUGGAGGAUCACAUGGAUUUGUUGUUGGUCAUAUAUGUCCUGAAGCACAGGAUGGAGGACCAAUUGGGCUCAUACAAAAUGGUGAUGUAAUUACAAUUGACGUUCAGAAGAGAAGAAUAGAUGUUCAGCUGACAGAUGAGCAGCUUACUGAGAGAAGAAGAAAAUGGAGCCCCCCUCCUUACAAGGCAACAAGCGGAGUUCUUUACAAGUAUAUUAAAAAUGUGCAAGCAGCCUCUAGAGGAUGUGUUACAGAUGAAUAGGCGACAUUCUUCCAGUUUAUUUAUUAACUUUUAAUCUAAUUUCUUAAGUUUUUGAGGGGGGGCUGAUCUUCUUCUGGACAUUCUUCUAGUUAGUCUUAUUACCAUGCAGAAACUUUCUUUAGUCCCCGAAGCAGCUUUUACAAGGUAUUUAAUAAAUGAUUUGUAAUUUUGUCACUGUACAAGUGCUUCAUUUAAAAUAUUGAACUAUUGAAUCAUAUACAUUAUGGGCAUGUAGUUUUGAACA